UCACAUUUCGAAAAGGCCAAGCCACGGGCAUCGAAAAUAAUGCAACCAAAGCAAAAGAUAGAGAGAGAAACAGAGCGUGUUCUUAGAGAGAGAGAGAGACAGACAGAGAUAGAGUGAGGGUUUUAGAGAGAGAGAGGAAGAGUAAGAGAGAGAAAAAGCGGGGAUGGGUCAGAUCGUGAGGAGGAAGAAGAAGGGGAGGCCAUCGAAGGCAGAUCUGGCUCGCCGUGCCGGCGAGCUGCCGGAAAAACCGACAAAGAAAGAGUCGGACGUCCGGCGGAGCCUCCGACGGAGAAAUGCGAAGUACAAUAUCGACUACGACGACUACGUGGACGAGGAAGACGAGGAAGACGAAGAAGAAGACGAGAGGAGGAGGGAGAAGAAGGUGAAGCUGGUGAUGAAACUCGACCAGAGGGGCAAUGGCUCGGCGCGUGACUCCCACGCGCAUGAGUCUGGCGGCGAGGAGGAUGAGGAGGACGGCCAGAGUGAGAGGAAGCAGCUGAAGAGGCGCCGGAUUAACGGCGGCGAUGAUUCCGAUAGAGAUGAUGACGGAAAUGAAGACGACGAUGAGGGGGAUGAUGAUUGCGAGGAACGGGGUCGGAAAGCUGACUCGAAGCGGCCUGAUUCCCCUCCAGGAACGCCGUAUGAUCCUCAUGCCGCGAUUCCGUUGCCGGAUAAGAAGACGUUGGAGUUGAUUCUUGACAAGCUUCAAAAGAAAGACACUUACGGUGUAUAUGCAGAACCAGUUGAUCCUGAAGAGCUUCCUGAUUAUCAUGAGGUCAUUGAGCGUCCAAUGGACUUUGCCACGGUGAGAAAGCAGUUAGCAAACGGAUCGUAUUCUACACUGGAACAAUUUGAGGGUGAUGUCUUUUUAAUAUGUUCAAAUGCAAUGGAAUACAAUUCCUCAGAUACAAUAUACUAUAAACAGGCAUGUUCAAUACAAGAGCUGGCAAAGAGAAAAUUUGAUAGGUUGCGAAGUGACUAUGAACGCUCGGAAAAGGAGCUCAAAUUAGUGCAGAAAACAAAGUCCAAUUCCUUGGUCAAGAAACAGACAAAGAAGCCUUUGUCCAGAACAUUACAGGAACCCAUUGGCUCUGAUUUCUCCUCAGGUGCCACUCUUGCUACUGCUGUAGAUGUCCAGAAUGUUUCCCUUCCAGUUCCAACGCAGGGUGGUGGUUGUGAGAGACCUAGCAACAUUGACGGACCUGUAGAGGGUAAUUCCUCUUUGAAUGAAGCUAAUGUGGAGAAGGCAGAAGAUAUGUCAUCAGGGAAGGGUCUCCUAUCGAAAGUUGGGAGGAAGCCAUCUGUGGUUGAUGAGAACCGCCGUGCAACCUACAAUAUUUCCACUCAGCCAGUGGUCAGAUCAGAAUCAGUAUUUACUACCUUUGACGGUGAAAUCAAGCAAUUUGUUGCAGUUGGGCUUCAUGCAGAAUAUUCAUAUGCUAGGAGCCUUGCUCGUUUUUCUGGAGGUCUUGGAUCCCUUGCUUGGAAAAUUGCAUCAAAGAGGAUUGAACAAGCACUACCCGAUGGGUGUAAAUUUGGUCGUGGUUGGGUUGGAGAAUAUGAGCCACUUCCAACCCCUGUAUUACUGGUCGAAAAUAGUACCCAAAAUCAAUCAGCUUUGGCUUCAAAGUUUUAUUCAUGCCCGGAAUUGAGAAAGGAUGACAGAACUCUUAGGACUUCAGUUCCUGCUAAGGAGCAUCCUGUUACUAGGCCUGUUACAGAAGAGAGACAACACUCUGUUGUGCCUACUUCAGGAGGGAGACCACCAUUUCUUGAUUCUCCUAAGGGGCUUUACUCAGAAGGGAAACCGACUGUGAUCCGUCCUGUUGGAGCAAAACCUAAUUCCACAGUCAAUCCACAAAAAAACCUGCAAUCCCGGUUUAUCGAGCGUGAGAAAAAGGUUCAAAAGGAAGUUGAGUUGAACUCCAUACCCUCAGUUCAUCCACAGAAAAAACUGCAAUCCCGGUUUAUCGAGCCUGAGAAGAAGGUGCAAGAAGCAGUUGAGUUGAACUCUAUACCCUCAGUUCAUCCACAGAAAAACCUGCAAUCUCCGUUUAUUGAGCCUGAAAAGAAGGUUCAAAAGGAAGUUGAGUUGAACUCUGUACCGUCAGUCAAUCAAAAUAAUGCCAAUCUUAUUGCAGAAAAGCAAUCAUCAAGACGAUCGGAGGCAGAAGCUUCCAGGCCCAGAGAUAUAGUAUCAAGGAACAUAAAUCUUCCACAACCUGUACCUUGUAAGAUGCCGGAUUCUAAUGGAACUGUUAACCGAGGGUUGCCUAAUGGGAAAUAUGUGAAUGCGUGCCUGGACAACCGGAUGAUUAGUCCAUCUGACAGUGAUCAUAGUCAAAUGGAUAGAACAGCAGCUUUCUUUCCUCAUAAACAGGUGCAGGGUCUUAGUGACCCAGUACAGUUAAUGAAAAAGUUGGCGGAAAGUAAUCAAAAGCAACAGAAAUCGUCAAGUCAAUCAUCAAUUGAUACUCAACCCGUUGGGUCAUCGGUUCCAUCAAUAAGAAGAGAUGAUUCAGGCAAUGCUGCAGCAGCUGCUGCUCGGGCUUGGAUGUCUAUAGGCGCUGGAACAUUUAAUCAGCCUACUGAGGAUCUCACUACACCCAAAAGUCAGAUAUCUGCAGAUUCAUUAUACAACCCAGCUCGGGACUUUCAGUCACAAAUUUCACGAGUUCGGGGCGAGUUUCCAAUGCAAUUUCAGAAUCAGAACAGCUUUUCAUUUCCAACCUUUUUACAACAACCUGUUCGUAUGGCGAAUGAAUCACAGUUUCAAGGCCGACCUACAAUUUUUCCUCAGUCGGCAGCAGCUGACUUGUCCAGAUUUCAAGCGCAGUCACCUUGGCGAGGUCUCAGUCAACAUGCUCAGCCAAGACCAAGACAGAAACAGGAAAGCCUUCCUCCAGACUUGAAUAUCGGUUUCCAGUCCCCAGGGUCUCCAGUGAAACAGUCCUCGAGUCUUCUGGUCGACUCUCAGCAGCCGGACCUGGCGUUGCAACUCUGAGUGUAAGUGCGUAUUCAGAUGAGUUAAAACAAAGCGUACAAAGAUGAGAUGCUUCUGGCUUCCGUCUAAAGGGAUUCACAUGUGCCUGGUGCCAUAGUUGCAUCCAGUGUGAGAAUGCCGACGAUCUCGUUAUGACAGAAUGAUUGUGGAGGUGAUGUUUAUCCAUUUUUGACUUGAACUAAGAGUUGCUCGACCUGGUAUGAUCUGCUCGGAACUUGAAAAGCUAUAGGUUUAAGAAGUUCAUUUUGUGGCCCAGAUAAGGAUUACGGGCUUGCAGACGAAGAUUUUCGUGUCGUAAAAUUGGGUAGAAGGAUGGUGAUUGAUUUGACGAUUUACGUGAAAUCGCUUAGGAGCUGUUAGAAUGAUAUAAAAAUGCAGAAAUCUUGUUGAGGGGCUUGUACAUUGUUACAGGUCGAUGGGAGGAAUUACUUGUCUAGAUUAUGUAUGUACUACUGCUACGCUUAUAAUUUACACGUGGACUAUUGUCUCUGAAAUUCAAUGUUUCUGCUUUGUGUUCA